UAUCAGCAGACCCUUUUCAAGCAUCCACUUCCUCGCGCCAACCCCCUCUACGACCCGAAAAACGCUCAUUUCUCGCCCUCCGAGAGUUUUCCAACGCGUUGGGAACCAGCGCUUCCCGAAACAAACUACUGCAAACCCGCCCCUCGCCGACCCCUCACCCCCCAUCUACCAAAAUGUCCAUCCCCAACGAAGCUUUGCAGAAGCUCCUGCAAGAGCUCGAGACCCGCAUCGUCGCCUCCCAACAGCAGAUCGGCAUCACCAAGGCGCAAAUCACAACCAAGCAGAGAGACAUCCGGAUGCUGGAGCUGACGUCCAAGGAGAUCGGAUCGCUGCCGAAGGACACCAACGUGUAUGAGGGAGUGGGCAAGAUGUUCAUGAGCGUGCCAAUGAACACCGUCGACAAGCGCAUAUCGACCGAGAGCACGGAACUGAAGUCGGAUAUCUCGGGCCUGGAGAAGAAGCUGUCCUCGCUGGAAAUGACGCAUAAGAAUGGUCGCGAGAACCUCGAGCGCAUCUUGAAAUCGGGCGACAGGGCUUGAUUUGGUCCCCGGGGCUGCUUAUUUUAUGUUUAAUUAUUAUUCAUAUCUGCGCUUGGAGUUCAUGCGAUGAUGUUUUGUUUCUUUUUAUAUCACCCUUGUGGCUUGGCAUAGCUGGUAAGAUAUCGGCAUGGGAUAUAGUUUGUCUCGACAGGGAUGGGCGAGAGGAUGUGGACGACCGUGAUCUGUUUUGGAGGACCGAAAUAGAUCGAAAAUGACUGGGUCAGGGUGCUCUAGAGCCUGUGUGGGCAUGGAGUUGAGCGCUUACGGCGAAGCUGGCAGGACCAGAGGCGCAGUUCUUGUGGAGAGCGUCUAUUGCAAUGACCCGUGGGGACUGUCCUAUACAUACUACCAUCUAGAUAUACGCAGAAAUGCGAACAAUGCGGUUCAGAUCGAACCGAGACCAGGUCCACCUGCACUGCAACAUCGAC